CUUCUCUCAGCUCAAAAACCCACCCUCAGACAAGCGGACUGUUCUCUUCCUCGCUGACUAGAAAAAGCGCAGCACAAGCAACACUCACGGGAAUUUUCUGAGGUAGAGUUUUAUCGUCAUUAUCAACUCGGGUUCUUUUCUACCAUCGGAUAGACUCGAAAAAUGAGGUCUAAGUAACCUCGAGGAACCGCGUCUUUUAUAUUUUAUACGUGAGUACGGUGAAGGCUGCGAAGAUGAAUGACAUUAAAGUUGCUGUUCUAGGGAGCGAAGGUGUUGGGAAAUCAGCUCUCAUUGUCAGAUUUCUGACUAAGCGAUUUAUUGGCGAAUAUGCGUCGACAUCAGAGUGCAUAUACAGAAAACGCCUAUCCGUUGAAGGAAGACAGCAGAAUCUGGAGCUAUAUGACCCUUGCACUCAGCCUUGCGAGGGAAAAUCCACUCUCAGCGAGCAAAUGCACUGGGCAGACGGUUUCGUGGUGGUCUACGACAUCAGCGACCGAUCCUCUUUCCUCACGGCCAAAGCUAUCCUGCACCUAAUCAGGGAGCUUAACUUCGGAGCCACCAAAAGGGAGGCGGAUUCAGUGGUGUUCCUGGUGGGCAACAAGCAGGACCUGUGCCAUAUGCGUGAGGUGGGCAGGGAGGAGGGCCAGCAGCUGGCGGGCGAGAUGCGCUGCCUGUUCUAUGAGCUGUCUGCCGCCGAGCACUGCCAGGAGGUGGCGCUCAUGUUCUCCAAGAUGGUGCGCAAUGCUAGCCUGAACAGCAAGGCGAAGGAGCGUAGGCGGCGCCCCAGCGGCUCCAAGUCCAUGGCCAAGCUCAUCAAUAACGUGUUUGGAAAGCGGCGGAAAUCUGUGUGAGAGGUUGGACCGCCAGCAAACAGAGACAGAUGCAACCAGCACCCACACUGUUGUUAAAUCGAUGUAGUGAUUAGUUAUCUGGAAAGUCUCAUUGGAUGCACCACAUCAGAUGGACAUGUAGCACCAUGGACUGUUUGUGUCUCAUUUCUGAAGCCUAAUUAUGCAGGCUCUAUUACAGGAACACAUAAUCUAAUCUAUAUUGAUAGAACUCGGAUGCUGUAACAAGGGCCUUUUCAUAGAGCUUGGAAGAAAAACAUUGGUGUAGGAAAACAUUCCAUAUUUGUUGUUCUAGGAAAAUGGCGCAAAGAAUGUGAUUUACCCAGUAGCAGCAAGAGGAAGUCAGAGAUCCUUUACAGCAUAAAGGCAUUCCUUUUCAAGUAGGGAUUAAGGAGUUAUAUAAUCUUGAGUAAACAACUACUUUGAUUGCACUUAAAGGGACCGUUAAUGUACUAUGCGUUGGAAAAGGUUGUGCAUUCUCAAUGGUAAAGGUAUGUGUUAAACUCACACGGUAUGUGAUUGCAGAGGUAGGUUAGUGGGAAGGGCAGGGGACUGCAUUUAGAGAGCACAUUAAGUAGAACAUUCUCCCUCUGGCCGCAUGGUUGCAUAGGCACUGCAGGCGAUUAAGAGUUAUCCCCCCUCUUCAAUUUUCCACAUUUCCUCAAGUGUUCGAGUGUGAAAUGAGGACCAGAACGCAGAGAUGGUGACCUGCUUUCAAAGGCAUCUAUACCAACAAAAACAAAACAAAGCGUUUUCAAUCAAAAAGGCAAGAAAAGCCCCAUUCCCCCAUUUUCUCUUACAGACCACACAUGAAAUAAAGUCAUGUUAUAUGAGACGUGAUUAAAACAUUAUUUCAGGGUUCUCUUUGUAGGCAUAGGUGAAGUAAUUGGAAAGGCAUCACGGUUUGUAUAACAUAAUGCUUAAUGUGUCGGCUUAGUAACUAGAGAUGUCAUUAAAUCCAGUGGAAAACUCCACCUGAGUCUGAGUGAAAUUUUCUACCCAUGCUUUUCUACCCAUGUAAUCUAGUGCUCUGUAUCACAUCAUUUGUUAUGUAAUGGAAGCGAUGCCCUUGGGUCAUGAUGGUAGUGAUUGCUGUGUAAAUGGAAAAAAGCUUGUGGUGGAACUCGUGUAGACGUGCUUUGUUUUCGUUUAUCAGUAUUGAUGCCUAUGCUGUCAAUGUGGCCAACAUAUAACCUCUCAAACUGGAGUGAGACCAAUAAAGAGCAUGUUGUCAUGUUUUGUUUAA